GCUCCCCAAGACAUCUUUCCGAAUAUCUCUUUGGCAACCGCCGAACGCGAUACCAAGUGUUCACCGGUCAUGCUUUCCGUCAAGCACGCCGCCGAUUGGCUGCUUGAGCUGCACAACCGCUACGUCAUUGGUCACGGUACUUCGCACACCACAGAAAGCCACAUACUUGCCAGUGUAUAUCAUACGCAGAGGCUGCCUUCUUCAUCCAUGCUCGGCUCCCAUUUAUCGGUGGUUAGGAACCCUAGAAAGCAUAAUCGGCCACAUGUUGCGUUCCUCCAAUUCGCAUUCGCAUCCCCAGUCGUCCCGAGAAUCCUCCCGAACAAUGACGUACUCGGAUCCUGAAGACCCGACCGACCAGCGCACACCAUUGCUUAGCCACAACUCCAGUGGUCCGGAAACGAGGACGCGAAAGCGAUGGUUCCCCAAAGUUCUCAAUUUCCUUUGGGGAGGGAUCUAUGCGCCCGAUGCGUCGACGUACGGACCGAUUGAGAUUUUGCUGAAUACCGAGGAUGUGGAGGAGAGGGACCGACUGACUGAGAAAUGGAGAGACAAUAGAUUAAAUGAACUGGGCUUCGUGGGAGUUGUGGCUGCCUUACUUGCUGGGGUCCUAACAUCCACCGGAUCCUGGCCAGACAUUCUCCCCAACGGCGGAAAAUCUCCUUGGCCCGUUCGGACUUCGUGGUACUGCGGUAUCAUCCUCUCCCUGUUCAGUAUCCUCACGGCGGCGGACCAAACCGUCCGCCUCUACCGCCUCUCUUCCCACCGUGAUGGAUAUCGCAACAUCAGAAAGCUCCUGGCAAAGUCGAACGGAAAGCACAAGCCGGGACAGCUACGCCCCAGUACGGCCCAGAUAUAUACCUGGCAAAUGCCCGUCAUGUUUCUAACCACGGCUACUAUCUGCAUGAUUUUCGGCAUGUUUCUGCAUGUAUGGAGUGCGACAAGACACCUUGACCAUGCGUCCUGGUGGGGUCCAGACUCGAAGGUUGCGCUCACGUUUACGAUUGUUGCCAUCAUUUCGAUCGUGAUCUUCUUUACCGGCCAAGUUACACUCUACGCUCCACAGGAGGACUCGGACUAGUCUCGUUCUUGACUACGGGCUUUUUCGUUGGCACUUUUCGUUCAGCGUAUUUUGCCAGGUGAAUCGAGGCUUGGCUAUUUCAAGAGUUCAAGUUUCCGCUACUCGACCAGAGCGAUAUUAGGAUUUGGGGAUACUUUGGUGUUGACUCUGCUCGUCUCUUCCUGCGGGCCUCUAGAAUCUAGUACUGUUACCUAUAACUAACUUCAUCACGCUUCACAAUCCUAAAUCUUUACUAGCUCUCUUCCAAUUGAGUCUCUGAUUUUAUUACACUUUAUCUUCUGACAGUUCCGUCCGAAGCAUCGAGCAAGAAAGUAAUAACCCAGGGCGCGCGAAGUCUCCGCU